UUGUGGAAGAAGCAAUACUUGCGAGAAAAAUGUUUCUGCUGUCAAUCGGACCUCAAAGUGGCCAUGUCCUUUCGUAGACUUUGUAUGAAAACCCAAAAGAAAUGGCAGCUACUUGUCGAAGGCUGUGAAAACUCUUCGUUAAGCGAGCAAGAGAAUCCAAGUCCCAGUCCAGUGUCGCCCAUCCGUCAGAACAGCAAUAAAUCCGUCAUUACCACGUAUAGAAACAGUGACUCGGACGAUGAACCGCUGAAAACAGUUCAAGUUAUGAUUAAAGAAAGCAAAAUAAUCAACCAAUUUGCCAAAGCUGACGGAGCUCAAGAACAUGAUCAUCUUGAUAUAGACUAUGUAAUACAGGCCAAUACAGAUGUCGAUACCGACAAUAGUGUGAAUAUUAAAAUCGAAAUGAAAGGAAGUGAUGAUAACUGUGCGUCCUCCAAGCCAAUCAUGAGUUCCACAAAAGCAUGCAAAAUGCUAUUUAAAGCCAAGCAGGAAGUGGCCAUCUUCAUCUGCGAGUUGUGUGGGACACAUGUAAACAGCAAGGCCUCCUUUGAUCGUCAUAUACGGAAACAUACGGGAGAGCGACCCUUUGGCUGCGAAGAGUGCGAGGCUCGUUUUUUAUCCGCUGCUGAGCUGCGUGCUCAUAUUCUCACCCACACUGGAGAGCGACCGUUUCCAUGUCGCUACUGUGAUCGCCGAUAUGUGAGCUACAUGGGCAGACUAAAGCACGAAAGAAUCCAUACCAAUGAGCGUCCUUUUGUUUGUGCGGAAUGCGGCAAAGCUUUUACUAAUGCCUAUAUACUAAAGAAUCAUAUGCUGGUGCAUACGGGCGAGCGUAUGUUCAGAUGCGAGCUCUGCCAGCGCUCAUUCCAGCGAAAAACUCAUCUGAGAACGCAUUAUCGCUCCAAUACGCAUAAGCUGAGCGUGGAGAAGCAUCAAGACGCACAGGUUGUACCUGCGGCAAUCUUAUAAAACAUGUCAAGUCGACAUAGCCAAAUAGUAGUAACUUUAUUGUUUUUAAAUUUAAGAUGACUUCUGCAAUGUAUAACUUUAUAACAGAUUUUGUUUGGCAAACAUUAAACAGGUCAACCAUAUUAA